AGAUAGAUAGAGAGAGAGAGUCGCCAUUACCAGAUUUGCAGAAACGUGAAACAAACAGAGUUCAACUGAGGGAGAGAGAAGAAACGCGUCAAUUUUCUUCAAUCCGAGUUCUUCAAUCCAAUCCUAAACCAGUAGACCGAAUUUCAGCUUUUAGCCAUUUCUUUUUAAUAUAAUCCGAAUUUCAAAUUUGAAUCGCCGGAUAUCCCGAGAGAGCAAAUUAAGCCGACUGAUGAACAAUUCGUAGAUCCAUUCAUCCCUUCCCGCUCGCUUUCGUUUUUCCUCCAGAUUCAUCCAUCAAGAUUUGAGCGGAAUGAAUGUUUCGUUGCGUCAAGUUCGCUGGAUUCACUCGCCUGGAAAAGGAGAGCGUCUCUGAUUUGAAUUUGGUAGGGCGUGAUUUAUUAAUUUACGGAACAGUUAGCGAGGUGGUCGAUGAGCAGUUUGGGAUGAUGUGCAGAAUCCAGUUGCUGUUCAUUAAUGGGCCAUCCUGAAAAUAAACUCUCCGACCUGGUCGGCCUCGUGAAGUCAUGGAUGCCAUGGCGGUCCGACCCGGCAAACGUCUCCAGGGACUUCUGGAUGCCCGACAAGAGCUGCAGAGUUUGCUACGAAUGCGACUCUCAGUUCACCUUUAUCAACCGCCGCCACCAUUGCCGUCGCUGUGGCCGAGUUUUCUGCUCCAAGUGCACUGCAAACUUCAUUCCUGCUCCACCCAUUGACACCGCCAAUGCUCGGGACGAUUCCGACAAGAUCAGGGUCUGUAAUUUCUGCUUCAAACAGUGGGGGAAGGAGCCAUCCGCCGCCCAAGAUGGGGACAAUGCUACCAGCUCUGCUCUCAGUCUCUCCAGUUCCUCCUCCAGCAUGAGUAGCACCAAGUCCGGCUACACCUGUCACAGUGCAAUCAGCAACAUCGCUUCCACUCCUUGCUCCACUGAUCGUCGGUACUAUGACCCAUUUUGUUCUGGUGGCAUCUCGGACGAGCAAGACAGUUCAAUCAAUGGGAAGAGCAUAAAUCGUGCUUCGUCUAUGAUGACUACGUCAUCUAGUUUUUAUGGCUAUUACAGGAGUGAUGAUGAGGAUGAUGAUUAUUAUUAUGGAAUGUAUCGCUCAGAUUCAGAAUCGAGGCACAUUUCCCAGUCUGAUGAUUAUUAUUGUGCUGUAAACCCUGAUGAGAUGGACCGCAUUGCAGCACAGAGUUUAAAUCUUGAUAGAGAAAACACCAGCACAAAGGGUUCACCAGAGAUUUUUGAAACUCAGCGUCCUGGGAUUAAUGAGAAAUCUAGUGAAGACUCUGAUGAAAAUGAUAAAGGGUCAGAGUGUGACUUUCCUACUUAUGCCAUGCAGAAUAAGGAUAAUGAACCUGUGGAUUUCCAGAACAAUGGGAUUCUCUGGCUUCCUCCAGAACCAGAAGAUGAAGAGGAUGAGAAAGCCCUUUUAUUUGAUGAUGAUGACGAUUCAUGUGCUCCAGGUGAAUGGGGAUACCUACCUUCUUCCUUAGCCGGUGGGGAAUGCCCCAUGAAAGGAAGGUCAAGCGAGGAGUACAGGAAAACUGCGAAAAACGUAGUAGAAGGGCAUUUUAGAGCUCUGGUUGGUCAACUUUUGGAGGCUGAAAAUCUUCCGUUAGGUGACGAACCCGACAAAGAUGGUUGGCUAGAUAUAAUAACAUAUCUGUCCUGGGAAGCAGCCACAGUUCUGAAGCCAGAUACAAGCAAGAGUGGGGGUAUGGAUCCUGGUGGAUAUGUUAAGGUUAAAUGCGUUGCUGGUGGGAAAUGUAGUGAGAGUAUUGUUGUUAAAGGAGUCAUUUGUAAGAAAAAUGUAGCACACAGGCGGAUGACAAGAACAAUAUCUAAACCACGCUUUUUUGUUCUUGGGGGAGCUUUGGAGUAUCAACGUGUUACCAAUCACUUGUCAAGUUUUGAUACGUUGUUGCAGCAGGAACUUGACCAUUUGAAGAUGGCUGUUGCUAAGAUUGACGCUCAUCAUCCAAAUGUUCUUUUGGUAGAGAAAUCAGUGUCUCGCCAUGCUCAGGAGUACCUUCUCUCAAAAAAUAUCACUCUAGUUCUAAAUAUUAAAAGAUCACUUUUAGAACGUAUUGCUUGCUGCACUGGGGCAAAUAUAGUUCCUUCUGUCGAUCAUGUUGCAUCUCUGAAACUUGGUUAUUGCGAUGCAUUUCGUGUGGAGACAUUUGUUGAAGAGCAUGAUGGUGUUGAUGGUCAAGCUGGCAAGAAGUUCGCAAAGACUCUGAUGUUCUUUGAGGGAUGUCCAAAGCCUCUGUGUUGUACUAUUUUGCUCAGGGGUGCCAGUGGGGAUGAGCUUAAAAAAGUUAAACAUGUUGUUCAAUAUGCAACUUUUGCUGCCUAUCACCUGGCUCUAGAAACAUGCUUUCUGGCUGAUGAAGGUGCUUCAGUUCCAGAGCUCCCAUUGAAGUCCCCAAUAACAGUCGCUCUUCCUCAUAAUCCAUCAAGUAUAGACAGGUCCAUCUCCGCUAUACCUGGCUUUACUGGCCCAUCUCCAGCUAAGUCUCCCGAGCCUGAACCCAGCAUGGAAAUUUGGCAAUGUGGAAAAGAUGCUGUUCUGACUAGACAAUCAUCUAUAGGUUGUCCCAAUGUCAUCAAAUCCAACAGUUUAGAGCCGACCUUAAGGCCAUUAAAGUCCAACGCUACCUCCACUUCCUUGUCUUCUUUCGAUCAGGAUGUUUCUAUUGCCUACAAUUAUAUGCUUUCCUCUAAAUUCGCCUCUGAGGCAAGUAGAAGUCUGGACAUCAAAGAAUGUUCUAUGGGCAUGAUGGCAAUCAAGGAAGAAGCAGGGGCAGAUGAUGAUACAAGUUCUGGAAUUGGUGAGACUUUGAGUCAAGGUGGUAACUCUAGUUAUAUAAGCAGCAAUUCAUUGGAUGGAACUAUCCAAAGUUAUAUUGAUUUAGCAUGUCUAAAACCUGAAAGCACUAGUUCUAAUCUAGUGACUAAAUCUUCGAGGGAAGACUUCCCCUUAUCACCUUCUGACCAACAAAACAUUUUGGUGUCUUUGUCCACACGUUGUGUGUGGAAGGGAACUAUUUGCGAUCGUGCUCAUCUCUUACGAAUUAAAUACUAUGGAAGCUUUGACAAGCCUCUGGGUCGGUUUUUACGAGAUCAUUUGUUUGAUCAGAAUUAUCGAUGUCAUUCAUGUGGUAUGCCCUCCGAGGCACAUGUUCAUUGUUAUACGCAUCCGCAAGGCAGCCUUACAAUAUCUGCCAAGAAGCUACCUGAUUUUUUCUUACCGGGGGAACCUGAAGGUAAAAUUUGGAUGUGGCAUCGGUGUCUGAAGUGCCCUCGGACCAAUGGCUUCCCACCAGCCACUAGGAGAGUUAUUAUGUCUGAUGCUGCCUGGGGUUUAUCUUUUGGUAAAUUUUUGGAGUUAAGCUUUUCAAAUAAUGCAGCUGCCAGCCGUGUUGCAGGUUGUGGCCAUUUCCUUCAUAGAGACUGUCUCCGGUUCUAUGGGUUUGGAAGAACGGUUGCUUGUUUCCACUAUGCAGCAAUUAAUGUUCAGUCUGUUCAUCUCCCCCCAUCCAUACUUGAAUUUUACCAUAAUAAUCUGGACUGGAUAAAUAAGGAAGCAACUGAGGUACAUAACAGGGCUGAAAUUAUAUUUGCUGGAGUAUGUAAAGCUCUUCCUCAGAUUUCAAAGAAUGAAUCUGGCAUAGAGCAAGAAGAUUUGGGGGUAAAUGAAUUGAACCAAUAUAUUCAAGAACUAGAACAGAUCAUUAGUAUGGAGAAAGAAGAUUUUGAGGUGCAUCUUAAGGAAGUACUGUCUGGAGAGACAAGAGUUUACCAACCCGCAGUUGAUAUUCUUGAGAUCAAUAAACUACAUAUGCAUGUUCUUUAUCUUUCAUACAUUUGGGUUCAGCGCCUAAGUUUCGCGGCCACCUUGAGAAACAAAAAUUCCCAAGAUAGUUUGAGCAAUGACAUCCCGAGACUUGAUUCAGUGGAAGAGUUGGUGGCAGCAUUGAAUCUGGCAUCCGGACAAGAUGAAUUCUUUGUUGGUUGUGAUAAUGAUUCUUUACCUUCAGAUUCAAAGCAUGAGAUUGAUCUUGGCAAAGGAGGAAAUUCAGUCCAAAUUAACCAGUCGAAUGAAAUGGAGAGUGAAAAACAUAUGGACCUUGGUGGCCAGGAGGAUGAGUUUUGUCUUUCUCGAGUUGAUUCUGAGCCUCUAGGUGUUGGAAUUACCAUAGAAAGGGCAAUUUCAGUGGGAGAAUAUCCAAUUAUGUCCGAUCUAUCCGACACCCUUGAUGCAGUUUGGAAAGGUGCAGUUCACCCAAAUAGCGGAACAUCUGAGGAGAGUAAUGAUUCUCGAACUAAUUCAGGCAUUCUGGAGCCAUUGGCAGGACAAUCUGAUAUGGAGAAGUGUACUGCGAACUUAGUUGGAGUAGAGGCAGCUCAACUUCUUCAUUCUGCCUUGGUUUUAAGAAGUGUUGAUUCCAUUGAGACAUCAAUGUCGAUGCCUUCUUCAGCAUAUAAUACAAAGAUUUCGUUGUUGAAUGUCCCAAAGCCUGAAUUUUCUGAUUAUGAUCCUGCCUUCAUUUCAUCGUUUAGGGAGUUAGAAAAGCAAGGGCAUCUUCGGUUUCUUAUGCAUGUUGGUGUGAAUGAUACCAUUAUUCCUGUCUAUGAUGACGAGCCCACUAGUAUUGUUGCGUAUUCAUUGGUUAUUCCAGAGUAUCAUGCUCAGAUGUCUGAGCCAGAGAGAGUAAUGGAAGCUGGGGAUACUGCACGCUCUUUGCCUCUUCUUGAUUCUGCUACUACAGAAUCGCUCAGAUCUUUUGAUCAAACAGUUUCAGAUACCUACAAAAGUCUUAGUUCUAAUGAAGAGACCAUGUUAGAACGAACACAAAGUAUUCAGUUCGAGGAUCUACUAUUGUACACAAAGGAUUUGCAUACAAGAGUUUCUUUUGUAAAGGAGAGUCCUUUGGGGCAGGUGAAAUACACCAUAACUUGCUAUUUUGCAAAGCGGUUUGAGGCGUUAAGAAAAAAGUGUUGCCCUUCAGAGUUAGAUUAUGUAAGGUCUCUUAGCCGUUGCAAGAGAUGGGGAGCCCAAGGUGGCAAAAGCAACGUUUUCUUUGCAAAAACUUUAGAUGAGCGAUUUAUUAUCAAACAAGUGACAAAAAUAGAGUUGGAAUCAUUCAUUCAGUUCGGACCCUCUUAUUUUAAAUAUUUGUCUGAAGCAAUCCGUACAGGUUGCCCAACAUGCUUGGCAAAGGUCGUGGGGAUGUAUCAGGUGUCCUCAAAACAUCUAAAGGGAGGAAAAGAAUCCAAGACUGACGUUUUAGUCAUGGAGAAUCUUCUUUUUAGGCAUAAUGUGACACGACUUUAUGAUCUAAAAGGAUCUUCUCGAUCACGCUAUAAUUCAGACACAAGCGGAAAAAAUAAAGUUCUUCUGGAUCAGAAUCUGAUUGAAUCUAUGCCAACCUGUCCAAUAUUUUUAGGCAGCAAGGCAAAGCGGUUGCUAGAAAGAGCUGUUUGGAAUGAUACGUCAUUCUUAGCUUCAAUUGACGUCAUGGACUACUCACUAUUGGUUGGAUUGGAUGAGGAAAAGCAAGAGCUGGUUGUGGGGAUUAUUGAUUUUAUGAGGCAAUAUACUUGGGAUAAGCAUCUUGAAACUUGGGUGAAGAACUCAGGCAUUCUUGGCGGGCCCAAGAAUGCUUCUCCUACUGUGAUCUCACCUCAUCAAUACAAGAAACGUUUCAGGAAAGCUAUGACUACAUAUUUUCUUAUGGUUCCAGAUCAGUGGCCCUCCUCAACAGUCAGCCCUAGCGAGUCCCACCCCGAUCUCUGCGACGAGAAUUCGGAACAUGAUAGUUCGUGGGAUUGCAAACAUUUUUGUGAACACAGUGAUGGAUGAGAAGGGAAAACAGACUGUCAUUUUGUGUAGUAUUACUUGCUUGGGGAAAAGUAAACAUGUCGCAACGAAUGGAGCCCCAAUAAGCCUCUACAUGGAAGCCAUGUCGAAAAAGACGACAUCAAUAGUCCCACUUGAGAUGAAAUUUGAACCCAUGCUUCGACCUCGACUAAACAAUGGGGAACUUAUCACUUUAGUGAUGCGCUUCUCUCCUCCCCUCUUUCUUUCCGUAAAGCCGAGCCUGCAGUAGCAGGAAAAAUGGCUUUACUUGGGGAGGAAGGAUAGCUCUUACAAUAACAUGACAGACUUUGUUGUAGAAGCAUGAACCAUGGCUUAACUUGAGGUUCUACAAAGAUUGCCGAACCAUCUACCUGUGAAACGACUUGAUUUGUGAUUGACCAUGGCCAUGCUAAACUACGAUCAUGACAUAUGAUCCGAAGGCGUUGCUCUUGUGAAUAGUAGUAAGAAAUAGUAAGUUAUUCUUGUAACUCUUUUUUCUUGUUUGGGUAUGCCCUUUAGAUGAUGAGUGUCUUUACCUUACCUCAUCUGCCAAACUUUUGGAGACUCAUGGAGAACUUUGCUGGAUACAUUUGUCGAGCAGAAAGCUCUCCCUCCUGAGAAAUACGACGUUUUGUAGAGGGCAGUAGCGUUGUCGAUUAUCAGGAGAGCAGACCUAUAUAUAAUGUAAAUGACUCCCAAUGAUUCAUUUCAACCAAGAUGAUCAAAUAAGCUAGUAAGAUUGUUUUUGAGACUUCUAUCA